CCGCAACGUGUGGUCCAGCUGAUUGAGGGGCGUGUAGAUCCUAUGUCGCAGCCAAUUCUGGCAACGAUGUCGUCGGGCGAAUUUUCGAAGCUCUUGGACCUCUUGGAGGAAAAGGUGGAUGAGUAUGCAGUGAGGCGGAGUGAGGUGAUGAAGAGGACAGCUCAGAUCGCCUUUGGUUCUCAAAAUGGAAGUGCCGGACCUGUCGACGGCUUCCGAGCUGGUUGCCCUCUGAAUCCAUAUCAUGCCUCGAGUUCGAGGAUGGUCGAACAAGGGCCAUCGUCAUCAAGUACGGCGAAUCAGCCCAACAAAGCUCCUGUGCUAUUCUGGAAUCAGACCGCGACUGGGAUCACUGCUGUCAGGAAUCUCGAACCAGUACCUGUUUAUCAGCUCGCGCCCGCCACAGUAGGCAUGAGCCCUUCUUCAAUGAUAUCCCACAUCUCGAGGAUUCUGCCUAAGAUGCGAGAGGAUCACCCGAAUCUAUCGCUCAGGUACAUCAAGAGCGACAUCAUUCUCAAUCCAGCAGACAUUAUAAUUCUCAACCAUUGUAUCGCAUGUCUCCCAUCCAGUUACGGGACCUCUAGCGAGAGCACCGUCUAUUCCCACGUCGUGGAAUUCGGCUGGAACCAUUUGACGGUGAGAUUACGACCAGACGGGCUGCGUUUCUAUCGCGACCUGACGGACAUGAAAUGGAGAGCAUUAGUCACCACCAAACGGAUGGAGGCCAUCGAGACCGAAGAGGCCUACCAGAUCCAAAUGGACCGAAGGUUCGCCGAAAUCAUGAGCGAGAGGGGCAAAAGAAACGGCGAGGAACUGGCCCGGAGGAAAGAAGGCAUCUAUCAAGAAUGGGAUUUCCAGGCCGGAGGCUCGAAAGCACACGUCGAGGCCCUCGAGCGCAGGAAAAGCCAAAUCUGGAACGCCCAAAAGAUGCCGAGCCAAGACCCCAAUGAAGCAGCUCUCAAGGCUCUCGAGGCUCUCGAAGCUCUUAGGCGCGCUGAAAGUUCCAAUGAACCGAAAAAGAGGACGAGGAAACACCCUAUCCCUCGUGACGUUGAAGCGGCCGCAGAAUUCGCAGCAGAAACGGCGGCACGACUCCACGAACAGAUAAAGAGCUUCAAAUUCGCCAAUUUGGAUCCAGAUCUCACGCAGCGAGAGAAAUCGAAGAUAGACGAGCCAGCGCCCGUACGUUCGUCCCUGAAGUCUUCCUGCUUCCCGACACCGGAGAAGGACAAGAAACAUGUCCGGUGGGAGGACGAGGUUGGUAACUGUCCUAAUGGCCUGAAGCCGAUCUUCGAGUACGAGGUUGAUGGCGAUAGUGGCAGUGAUGGCAGCGAUACUGAUGGCGAUAGUGGUAGUGAUGGCAACGAUACUGAUGGCGAUGUCGUCAUGUCGGAGGUCCCUUUGUGA